CAUCUCAUAUAAAAUGAAAAUUUGUUUCUAUUUUGCAAUCAUAAAAUAUAAGCUUUUUUCUUCCAAACUUCCAAGGCUUUCUCCUGCAACUCUCAAUUUUGCAUUUAUAAAAAUCUUCGAAAUUUCCAUAAAAAUUACGUAUCUUCUGUUUUCUUCCAUCCGCCUCCAUCCAUAUUAGACUCUUCAAUUCUUGCACCAAAGAUUACUUAAUUGUAUUUAUUAAAUUUUAUUGAAGUAUAAAAUAAUCCAAGAAUUAAUAUUAACAAUUAAAAUAUAUACACACAUCAACGUCCUGGCCGGCCAUGAGAGAUUAAUUAAACAUUGCUUUACCCGAUUAGUAAGAAAUUAGUUAGAAUUUUGUUUUGAGUUACCAUUUCUUUAAUGUGAGGUCCUUUCCUGAACAAUGCGAUCAAGUAGUGAGGAAAUUAGGUAGAAACGUAUUUGGGUCAACCUUGUCAUGCGAGAUCCUUUUUUAAACGUAGUUGGCUCUGUGUGAGUGUGAAUAUAAGAAUAAGAAAAAGAAAAAGAAAAAGAAAAAGAGAAAGCAGAGAAAGAAAUAAAGAAAAGAAUUGGCUGCAGAAGCAGUAGAAAAGAAACUCUAUGAUGCUGUAUCAAAAGGGGAUGUAACAAAAUUUCGAGAACUAGUUGAACAAGAUCCAUAUCUUGUUGAUGAAGCAUCAUUUUCAUGUUCAAGAAAUGUUCUACACAUAGCAACCAUGCGGGGACAGACAGCCAUCGUGGAAGAGGUGCUGAAGAUGAAUCCGUCGCUUGCUCGGAUUUUAGACUCCCAACAAUCAUCGCCUCUGCACAUUGCAGCAGCGCAAGGGCACGUCGAGAUCUCGAGAAAAUUGUUAUCAGUAGCCCCGGUGACUCGCUGGUGGCAAGACUGUCAUGACAUGAACCCGGUUCAUAUCGCGGCCAUAAAUGGGCAUGUUGAGAUGUUGGGACAUCUCCUUGUAGAGAGUCUUUUGCCUGCUAUGGAGAGGGUGGGUCGCGGACAGACUGUGUUGCACUUGUGCGUCAAGCACGGCCAGCUUACGACGUUGCAGGUUUUGGGGGAGAAGUUGUGGGAGCUUAUGGAUGAAGUCGAUGAGGAUGGGGAGACCCUAUUGCAUUUGGCUGUUAGGUCCAAUCAACUUGAGAUUCUCCAAUACUUGGGGGAAAGCAACAAAAUAAGAAGGAGAAAGCGGAAUUGCGUGGGCAAAACAGCGCUGCAAAUCUUGAAUCAGAGCCCUCCAGCUACAAUUGCUAGCUAUUCAGAAAUGAGGAGAAUCUUAAGAACUUUGUUAGGACCACCAUCGGUCAAAAUCCUGCCCAAGAUCAACGACGCCGCCAUGGUGGUGGUGGUCCUGAUAGCAACAAUGGCGUUCCAGAACACCGUCAACCCACCCGGCGGCGUGUGGCAGGACAACACAUCCUCACACGAGGCUGGCAAUGCUGUGAUAGCAUACACUCAUCCCUACAUCUACAAACAUAUGCUACGUGCUAACACCGUAGCAUUUGUUUCAUCUCUCGUCACAAUCUUCCUCAUCACCACCGGAUUGCCAUCCAUGAGCUUCACCUUCUUGAUGACCGCCUUGUGUGCUAUGUGGGCGUCGAUGACGGCUAUUGCAGUGAGUUACGGAGCUUCGAUACUGGCGAUCACCCCCAACGCGGACACGGAAUCACCCGCUGCCGGCGUUGUUGUUAGGAUUGUAGUUUCUCUUUCCCUUUCCAUCCUCGUACUCAUAUUCUUGUUUGCUCGAAUAACACGGUGGUACUUCAUGUGGAUGAGAAGAACACGGCAUCAGGAAGAUCUUACAACUGACCCUCUACCCUUACGCCUCCUCUACUGGAUUUUUCAACAUUUAAGACGAACAGAUGUUUCAGAGAACAAUGUUAACCGUUGAGGAGGCGUUUAGUUUGAAAGACAUGAUUGAUAAAAUAACUCACUCUAA